AUGAACAACUCAUCCUCGAGCAGCAAACUCAACGAACCGGAACCCUCAUCAUCCUCAUCAUCAUCAGCAACAACAACAUCAUCAGCAACAACAACAUCAUCAUCAUCAUCGAAUAAGAAGAACUUGAAUCCACCAGGAUGGGUACAUUUUGUCGCUGGCGGGCUGGGUGGAAUGUGUGGCGCCAUUGUCACCGCGCCAUUUGAUCUUGUCAAGACAAGACUUCAGUCUUCUACUUACCAUGCUGACCGCUCUCAAAUUCCUCGAUUUACAUUCUCAUCAUCAUCAUCAUCAGCCAUCCCGACAACAUCAACAACUACCACCACCGCAGCCCCUAAUCGGCUGUUCUACCAUUUUAUUGAUACCGGCAGGAUCAUUCGGGACAUUCAUCGGCUCGAAGGUUUUCAAGCACUUUUCCGUGGUCUUGGACCAACUCUAGUCGGUGCAAUCCCAGCCCGAGCUAUCAACUUUUACGUCUAUGGAAUGGGGAAGGAAUUUUAUUGUAGACUCAUCACACCCACCUCCGAUAAUUCUUCGACUCUAGUACACAUAUGCUCAGCGAUCACAGCCGGUAUCGCAACCUCAACAGCUACCAAUCCCAUCUGGGUCGUCAAAACCCGGCUUCAGCUCGACGUACCUUCCUCCAAUCCACCCUCCAGAUCUACCGUUCGGACUGCUGGAGCACUAGCCAUCGACCUUGCUGCACGACCUUCUAUCAACUCAUCCAUCCUGCCUCAACUUCCAAAUUCCUCCAACCUUUCCAACCGUCUCCUCAAUCCACUCGGCAAUUCUCUACAAUGUAUCUCAAAAAUCUAUCGUCAAGAGGGUAUCCCUGGCUUUUAUCGUGGUCUAUCAGCUAGCUAUUUGGGAGUCACUGAGGGCACUAUUCAAUGGACCCUUUACGAAAAGUUCAAACGUCUCGGAUCACAUUUCAUAGCCGAUCAAGAUAACCGCCAGGAAGGCACUUGGUCUACCAAGAUGGCUGCUGCUGGUGCUGCUAAAUUAAUCGCAACUGGAAUCACCUAUCCACAUGAGGUCGUACGGACUAGAAUGAGGCAAAAGCCACCUCCACUCCCUGCCAAAUCGAAAUAUGUCGGCCUUGUUUCAACCUUCCGAGUGAUCUUAGCCGAGGAAGGCCUUAAGGCAUUUUAUGGUGGACUAUCACCUCAUCUUCUUCGGGUUGUACCGAAUGCUGCAGUGAUGUACACAGUCUAUGAAGCCGCCCUUUCGAUCAGUCGUUCCUCUUUUUAA